AUGUGGCAGCAGCGCCUGGAUGCUGCCGUCGCCGCCGCCGCCGCCAGUCACCACCGCCAGUCACCACCGCCAGUCACCACCGCCAGUCACCACCGCCAGUCACCACCGCCAGUCACCACCGCCAGUCACCACCGCCAGUCACCACCGCCAGUCACCACCGCCAGUCACCACCGCCAGUCGCCGCCGCCGCCCAUAUCAGCCUUCAUAUCUGCUGGAGGACUCUUGAUCCCAGGACUUAAAGGAAGCACUGUAGCUGUACACUUGACAGAUGUGGGCAGUGUAGCUCUGGACUUGACAGAUGUGGUCAGUGUACCUCUGGACUUGACAGAUGUGGUCAGUGUACCUCUGGACUUGACAGAUGUAACCAUUGUACAUCUGGACUUGACAGAUGUGGGCAGUGUACCUCUGGACUUGACAGAUGUGGGCAGUGUACCUCUGGAUUUGACAGAUGUGAGCAUUGUACCUCUGGACUUGACAGAUGUGGGCAGUGUACCUCUGGAUUUGACAGAUGUGGUCAGUGUACCUCUGGACUUGACAAAUGUGGUCAGUUUUCCCUCUGGCCUUGACGAUGGGGACCCAUUGUCCCCUUGGCUUGACAGAUAUGGACUGACGGAGGGGUUGAUGCCCCGGCCCUCAGGUCGAACCCCGCUGGCUGACGAUGAGGACUUCAAUGACCUGCAGGAGGGCUCGGGACGACUCCCUGAUGACUACUACAAGAUCCUCCACGACCUGGAGGGGGCAGGCUCCCGGGAUGAUGAGAGGAAAAACGAGAGGGACAACUGGGAGAACGAGACUCACCACCCCAUAUCAGCGGACUUUUGCACUUCACCUUGCAGAAAGUCUUGUCCACAUGGGUACAAGGUGGAUGAGGUGCGGGGAUGCCGUACGUGCAAGUGCCACAAGUGUCCAAGCAUCCGGCAGUGCCACUUGCAGUGUCCUGGGGGGCUGGUGCAGGACCACCGUGGCUGUCGCACUUGUCGCUGCCAGAGCCCCAAGCUUGCCGUCUUCACAGCUUCACACGACGAGGACUUCGUGGUCGAGGACGGCAUGGGUGCAAGUGGUGAUGUGUACGUAACAUCUCAGACGGAGCCUCCCUGCAAUACCACGCACUUGGCGACCGACGGCCGAUCCAGCCACAAUGAGGAGCCAAGCAUAUCCUGGGAGCCUCUCGACCACCUCCCGGCCACACACUACCACUCAGACACGACUCCUGACGACCUCACCUAUCGCCGAGCGUCCAGUGAAGGUGCAAGCGACGGCACAACAAAGAGCGCAGUGCAGACAUUGCCAGUGGAGUGGACACAGCUGUGCCUCAUCAUCAUACCUCUGGUGCUGGUCUUCCUGCUGGUGGCGGCUCUCAUCCUACACUACUGGCGCAGGUACCACAGGGACAAGUACGACAUCAAUGCGUACAGACCUGCCGAGACUGAGAAACUCCGACCCGUGAAGACGGCCGAUGACCAGUGCCACGUGAGGGAAGUGUGACCUGAAUGAGGAGAGGAAACAGAGAGAUUCAGGCAAACUGAGAUGAGGCAGUAUGGCGAAUAAACCAAGACAAGAGACAGUAUGGUGAAUAAACCAAGACAUGAGACAGUAUGGCAAAUAAACCAAGAUGAGGCAGUAUGGUGAAUAAACUGAGAUAAGGCAGUACGGUGAAUAAAACAAGACAUGAGGCAGUAUGGUAAACAAGUGGAAAUUCUGUGAAAAAUAACAGAAAAAACAUGAUGCCAUGGAUCUGAAUGAACAGUUGAGUCACUGAGAUGUCUUCAUGUACAUGAAUUUGCAAAGAAAUGUGAAUAUUCUCCAAUAAGAUUUUAUUUAUUUACAGAGGCAAAAAAAUGCAUAUAACACUUAUGGAAUUUAUUUAAUUAAAUAAGAUAUUUAAGUGUAAGUAACAAGUAAGUAUGUAGUAGUAGUAGUAGUUUUAAUAAUACAAUAUUUAGUAGAAAUGUGUGUUUAAAAAAUGUAUCGAAUAUGAUUAAUGGAGACUGACAAAUGUCAUGUGUGAAAGUAGCAUUAAUGCCAGUUAUUGUGAGUAAAUGUUUAUGUAUAAAAGUGACACAGGCAUAAAAGUUAUGUUUAAAUGUAUAAAAUAGUAUUAUAUAUCAUUAUAGAUACCAUUUUGUAUUAUACAUAACUGUAUCAAAUAUGUAUUUAGUAAUAAUAUGAAUUUCAAGGUAAUAUAUUCUGAGGUUUUUUAUUUUUAAGUAGAUUUCUUUGAGAAGACAAUGAUGGGAGUUUACCAAGAUGGAAUGUUGAAGAACAUCUUGUGUAUCAUAUUGUGAAUGAUUUGACAGCCAAUAUUAUGAGUGAUAUAUACAGGCGCUCCUCACUUAACAACCGAGUUCCGUUCCGUACUUCGUCCAUUCUUUCCUUAUCUUCUUCCUCUUCCAAGUGAUGCUGUGCUUCCAACUAUAUUAAAUCUUAGUUAGUUAGCUCUCCUUUUGACAUAUUCCACAGAUUCUUCAAUAUCUUCCACUUCAACUAACUGAUCGGAGUGCUGGUCGUAAGUCCGUGAGGUUGUUAACCAGGUAGGUUGUUUAGUGAAGAGUGUCUGUAUAUUCAGAGGGCAUAUAGCAGUUAAACUUAAACAGUGUGUCAAUAUAAGACGAGUUUUAGGGUCAGUCUCCUGGUUUACGGAGGCAUGGGCUGAAGCGAUCUUAGCUCUGUAUUUACUGUCUUGCUCGGUAGCCUUGUCACGACUUGAGAAUUUAUAGCACGAUUGCAGACAAACCAGGGAACAGGUUGGGAUUGAACCCAUGGACUUGUACAAUCCCUGCCUGGUCCGUCUUUUUGUUUUAGACCUGUCACUUUUGUAACAAUCAUCAAAAUUUCAUAUCUUUAGAUUUUUUUGAGUCAAUUUUGAAAACUCUGCCACUGUGGUCAUAACAAGUUUUGAUAGCUUUAGCUUGCAAAGAUAUAUUAAUUACACCUGUGAGUGGCCAAAAUGAGUAUAUAACAUGUGGAAUAUACUGACAGAAAACUUGUGCUCAAGUAACUUUGAAAACUUUUAGGCUUCAAGUUCUGACACUUGAAAAUUUAUUUUUCAGUAAUUCUUAAUCUUAGAUUUUUACUUAUUUGAAUAAUCAUCAGUAAAAGUACAAAUCCUAGAUAAUCAGUCAGAAUUUAUUCCUUGUUGUUAUAUUGUCCAAGGUCUCACCAUUACACCUCCUGCUAGCUGUUUUGACCUAUGGAAUACAAAAUUUACAUACCUGAGUAGCUCAUUUUGACCUAUGAUAUACAAAAUUGACAUCCCUGGCCCUAUUAAUACUAUCAGUGACAUCACUCUUCAAUGCCUGUGUGACCUCAGUAUUUAGAAAUCAAAACCUCAUUCUCAGUGACCUCAGCUUGGUUUUGGAAGUGCCAAGCAGUGCAUCAGGUCAGCUUCAGAAGAUCAUUGUGUUUACUGUCAAUACAUACUUGGUUGUGGAAGCCCAUUAUUUUGUUUAGAAACAGCUAUUGUAUCUAGUCACCGUGUCCCGCUAGCUAUGUUAAGCACAAACGUGUAUAUCUGCUUGUGAAAAGAUAAGUUAUAUAUUUUUGUCUCUGGCAUUUAUACUUGCAAUUAAUCUGUCUGUAUGUGUGCAUGCACAAGUGUAUGUAUGAAUGAAUUCAUGUGUGUGCAGGUGCAAACUUGAGUCCUGGAGGUGGGAAGUGCAGUGCCUGUGUUCUAAAAGGAGAGGUGGGUAUAUUUGCUGUUUAGAAGGGCAUGUAAAUUGCUGUAUCUGUGCACCUCUGGCAAGACAGCAAUUGUGUGAAUGAUGGUGGAAGUGUUUCUUCCUUUUUGGGUCACCCUGCCUCAGUGGGAGAUGGCCAGCAUCUUAAAAAAAUAUAUACACACAUCUUUCUUUUUCUCAUACAUCUUUCUCUCUUUCAACACACCGGCCAUAUCCCACCAAGGCGGGGUGGCCCAAAAGGUAAAAAAAAUUUCUCCUUUUACAUUUAGUAAUAUAUAGAGGAGAAGGGGUUACUAGCCCCUUGCUCCUGGCAUUUUAGUUGCCUCUUACAACACGCAUGGCUUACGGAGGAAGAAUUCUGUUUUUCUCAUACAUAUACAAAAAAAAAAAAUAUGAAAAUCGCCAAUCUCCUGUUCCGUAAAGUUUUUAAAAAAGGGCAGCUUGGUCGUGAAAACAUUUGUGUGUACAGAUAUAGGUACACAUAAGUACGGUUACAUAAAUUAUCAUACACAGCAGUAUAUGUGUAGAUUACAAAGGAUAACCCAACAAAGUCAGACAAAGUGACUUCUUUCCAUGGGGUCCUGUAUGUCUGGAAAGGAAAUGUGGCUUAUUUUUACCUGUUGGGUGGUGGUAACAGCAACAGCAGCAGGCUAGUGGUUGUAUUUGAUACUGGCACACAUGUUUAUACAAAGUCAUAUCUGCCAUUAACAACACACACUUGGGUGUCAACAAGCGAUAGCAACCACUGGCACAACUUAUUAAGGAAAUGUGGCGUAUUAUUAGUGAUGUUUGUAAGUGACGCUUGUAGAGAGUUGUAUGAAGCACUUCCACCAGGGCUCCCUGGAGCCUCACCACCAUAUAUUAAACUACUGGAUAGUAUAAGAACAUGAGAACAAAGGAGUACUGCAGCAGGCCUACUGUUCCAUAGUAACACACAAAUAACCCACACAGAGGAGAAACAAACUAUGACAAUGUUUCGAUCUAACUUGGACUAUUAAUUAGUAACACCAACACACGAAGGUAAGGGAGCCAGUAUACAAGAAUAGGCACGUCCUCCUUAAACCCAAUCCUUCUCAAUCAUGUACUUUUUCAAACCUAUUUUUAAAGCUACCUAAGCUUUUAGCUUUGUAAAUACAUUGAGAAAGGUUGGAUCUGAUAAGUGCCUACCCAGCAUAGGCCAGUAGGCAGUGACAACUACAAUGCAUAGAUGAAAUAACCAUUGUUUUUGAAGAGUUGAGAAAUUAAAAUAACUUUGGCUGUUUUAAAGUUGUCAGGAAUAUAAUCAUAUUUUCAUACCAGAAGUUACAAUAUUACAGGUAGUGCAGUUUCUAACAUCAUAAGUGUGCACAGUAUGGGAGUUCACCUUAGAUACUGUAUGUAUGUAAUCACAUGUGUGUGAUUGCAGGGUUCGAGUCACAACGCCUGGCCCCGCCUGUGUGUGUGUGUAAGAGAGUGAGUGAGUUGUGUGAGUGUGUGAGAUUGAGUCUGUGCUUGUGAGCGUGAGUGAUAAUGUAGUAUUUGCCAAGAAACCUUGAAGAGCCAAGUACAUAGAUUAUUAAUAUCAAUUAAGCUUUUAUUCAGCAUUAUACAUAACUGACGUUUAUCCUCCUCCUUCCCUCUUACAAAGAUUGAAAAGAAUAUAAAACAAAUAGAAGUUCCUCAUUUGAAACUGAUUUAUCAUUUAGCUAAUUAAGUUAUUAUUUAGCAGUGAAUGCCUGUACUGUACAUAUAUGUGAUAUUGGAGAGGUUAUGACAAUGCUGCAAUAGUGUGAUUUCUUGGUCGGCUGUGAUGGUGAUGGUCACCAUGGGGGUUCAUACGCUACAUUAUACAGUAGUACGAUAAAAUCUGAGACAUUUGGUUUGUGUGCGGCCAGCAGUAACAACCUGGUUGAUGAGGCCCUGAUCCACCUUGAGUCCUGGUCAUGUACCUGGCCACGGGGGAGUUGACCCCCAAACAACCUCCAGGUAUACUUUUGACUCUAAAAUAAUGGAUUUUUAGUCAAAAUAUUGCAGUUUUAGUGGUGAGAAGAAAAUAGUCUGAAAAGCUUAAAUUAUCAGCAAUGUUGAUUAAGUAUGAUGACCUUAUACACCUCUGUACUGUGAGUUUUUUUGAAAGUGUAAUUAAAAAGGGUGAAUUAAGAAUUGAAAAAGCACAUGAAAAGCCCUUCAUAGUACAUGCUAUUCAAGCUUGCAUACAUAUUUUCAAUUCUACUUCAUCUUUCAACAAACUGGCCGUGUCCUGCCGAGGCAGGAUGACCUAAAAAGAAAAACUAAUGUUUCUCUUUUUCAAUUUAGUAACAUAUACAGGAGAAGGGGUUACUAGCCCCUUGCUCCUAUAUUUUCAGUUAUAUUUGCAAAAAAUAUCACUUUCUAAUAACUUUGAGGACAAAACUAAUAUUGGUAAAUUGUUGGAUAAAGACACCACUGAUAUUGAUAAAUUGUUGUCCGUUCAAUCAAAAUGUCACAAUGCUUUAGUCAUCCUCCAUUUUUUUUUUAAAUGAGAUGUAAAAGGUGACUGCAGUAAGGAGGUAGAGGAAGUCCUGUGAUAGUUACCAGGCUUAACUAACAUUCUGCACUAGGACUGGUUACCAGGCUUCAUAACUAACAUUCUGUACUAGGACUGGUUACCAGGCUUAACUAACAUUCUGCACUAGGACUGGUUACCAGGCUUCAUAACUAACAUUCUGUACUAGGACUGGUUAAACCAGGCUUCAUAACUAACAUUCUGUACUAGGACUGGUUACCAGGCUUAACUAACAUUCUGCACUAGGACUGGUUACCAGGCUUCAUAACUAACAUUCUGUACUAGGACUGGUUACCAGGCUUCAUAACUAACAUUCUGUACUAGGACUGGUUACCAGGCUUAACUAACAUUCUGCACUAGGACUGGUUACCAGGCUUCAUAACUAACAUUCUGUACUAGGACUGGUUACCAGGCUUCAUAACUAACAUUCUGUACUAGGACUGGUUACCAGGCUUCAUAACUAACAUUCUGUCAUGGACUGGUUACCAGGCUUCAUAACUAACAUUCUGUACUAGGACUGGUUACCAGGCUUCAUAACUAACAUUCUGUACUAGGACUGGUUACCAGGCUUCAUAACUAACAUUCUGUACUAGGACUGGUUACCAGGCUUAUUAAAUAACAUUCUGCACUAGGACUGGUUACCAGGCUUCUUAACUACCAUUCUGUACUAGGACUGGUUACCAGGCUUCUUAAUUACCAUUCUGUACUAGGACUGGUUACCAGGCUUCUUAAUUACCAUUCUGUACUAGGACUGGUUACCAGGCUUCUUAAUUACCAUUCUGUACUAGGACUGGUUACCAGGCUUCUUAACUGCCAUUCUAUACUAGGACUGGUUACCAGGCUUCUUAAUUACCAUUCUGUACUAGGACUGGUUACCAGGCUUCUUAACUACCAUUCUGUACUAGGACUGGUUACCAGGCUUCAUAACUGACAUUCUGUACUAGGACUGGUUACCAGGCUUCUUAAUUACCAUUCUGUACUAGGACUGGUUACCAGGCUUCUUAAUUACCGUUCUGUACUAGGACUGGUUACCAGGCUUCAUAACUAACAUUCUGUACUAGGACUGGUUACCAGGCUUCUUAAUUACCAUUCUGUACUAAGACUGGUUACCAGGCUUCAUAACUAACAUUCUGUACUAAGACUGGUUACCAGGCUUCAUAACUUUCUGUACUAGGACUGGUUACCAGGCUUCAUAACUAACAUUCUGUACUAGGGCUGGUUACCAGGCUUCAUAACUUACAUUCUGUACUAGGACUGGUUACCAGGCUUCAUAACUUACAUUCUGUACUAGGACUGGUUACC